AUGCUUACUAUUUAUGUCUGCAUUGGGAUCUUUUUGCUCUUCCAGACUACAAUUGGAAUUCUGGCAAACUUUUUCCUCCUUUCUCUUUAUAUUUUGAAUUUCCUAUCUGGCCAUAAAUUAAGGCCACUAAACUUGAUUCUGACCCAGCUAAUCUUGGCCAACAUCACUAUGCUGGUAAGCAAGGGAAACCCAGAAAUACUACAGGCUUUUGGGUUGAGCUAUUUCCUGGAUGAUGUUGGAUGCAAAAUGAUAUUUUUCCUUCACAGAAUGGCCCAAGGGCUUUCAAUUUGCUUCACUUGCCUUCUGUGUAGCUUUCAGGCCAUCAGCAUCAGUCCCAGUGAUUCCACACUGUCAGAACUCAAAGCCAGAAUUCCAGAAUUAAUUUCUACCUCCUGUCUCUUCUGUUGGAUCUUGAAUAUCUUGAUAGAAAUUCCUGUGCCAAUAUUUGUGAAAGGACCAAGGAUUACUACCAACAAUACAAAUAAAUCUAAUGCUAUAUAUUGUUCAAUGGGAAUACUUAUAGAUGUUUACUUCAUUAUGACUAGUCUGAGAAAUGUUCUCUGUGUGGGACUCAUGUUUUGGACCAGUAGCUACAUGGUGAUUCUCCUGCACAGACACCACCAACAAGUCCAGAACAUCCACAGUACCAGCUUCUCAUCUAGAACUCUCGCUGAAGUCAGGGCCACCCAAACCAUCCUACUGUUGAUGGGCAUUUUUGUCUGUUUUUACUUCCUUCACUCCAUCACUUUGAUUUUUCUCACUUAUUUAGAUCAUAACCUAUAUGGGUUGACCAUUUCUGCCGUUCUGUCUCUUUGCUUCCCAACCCUUAGCCCUUUUGUGUUGCUCCCCCGAGCCCCCAAGCUGCAUUCUCUGACAAGAAAAGACACUGGUUCUCAUAAUGUCUUAAAGUUUGAAUAUAGGAUUGCUAGAGUGAUUUCUCCUGCCUGCACUCAUGUUUCCCACCCCAUGAAGGUCCUUUUCACAAGGAAAAAGAAUUAG